AUCUGCUACCGUUGACUCGCGACGAGGCCGCACCGGUUAUUAACGAUGUCAAGGUGUUCACCUUGAUCGACAAUGCUCGGUGAAACGCCGGAACGCCGAGAGUCACGUUACAUUUGGAAAAAAAAACGUGUUUUCGCGCGACGGUAAACAAAGUCGAGCCGCCGCCGGGCGCUACCGUCGACCGUUGCAGCAGACGACGCGGUGGCUGUCAACGUGCGAAACAUGGCGUCCGCAUCGUCGUAGAGUGCCCCCGAAGCACUCGAUUGUCCCGUGUAGCGAAAUAGUCGUUUUCUUACGGACGGGACUACCGGGAAUAAUAGUUCUAGUUGGCGAUAGUACCUUUACUGAUGGACGACGAUACGAUUGCAUUCGGCGAGGAGGAGGAGGUGGCCCGAAAUGCCAACAAGCUUAAACAUCCAUACGUUACGCUGUUUCACUUGGCCUUCAGGAUAGCAGCCAUACUAGUUUACAUGCUUUGCGGUUUCUUUACUGAUGGUUUUAUAGCAAGCUUUGUAACCAUUAUACUACUUUUGUCGAUGGAUUUCUGGACAGUUAAGAAUAUUACGGGCAGAUUAAUGGUUGGCCUUAGAUGGUGGAAUUAUGUGGAUGACGAUGGCAAGAGUCAUUGGGUUUUUGAGUCUAAGAAGGGUGCUCAACAGAAUCGCAUUAACGCAACCGAGGCGCGUAUAUUUUGGCUGGCUCUGAUCUUGUGCCCGCUUCUUUGGUCAAUACACUUUAUCACCGCAUUGUUCAGUCUUAGAUUCAAAUGGCUUUUGCUCGUCUGUAUCGCCAUUGUUUUAAAUGGCGCAAACUUGUACGGCUAUGUCCAAUGUAAAAUGGGAAAUGACAAGAAUAUCUCAACGGCCACGAGUGAUUUCUUCAGGAAACAAGUGAUUCAAAAUGUGGCCUCGAUGAUGACAAGAAGUCCUCCGACAAAUAAUUCUAAUCAACCGACUAAUGUCAUAUAGAUCUAUUUGUCAGCAUUGAUCCGUAAUGCGACGUCUGUAUUCUCCUGCCGAAUAAUUUAACGAAUCUUUGCAAACGUUUGUAAAUAAUGAUGUUAGACAGUAUCUUCUAAGCGUUCUAUAAUAAAUCGUUACUACACUUUUA